UAAUGGAAUAUGUCGGGCUUCCAAUUGCCUGUAAUUAUUCCCGGAGCGUCCGCAUCCAUUUUCGGUGUCGUUCAAUGGGACUGUGAAGCAAUUCGCCGCUUUUUAAACUUUUGCAACAAAAAGCCCAUAAUGGAUUUCAAAUAUGUUUCUGACACUUCUCAGUAGCUUACUCUCGUGAGGCUGAUUGCUUGGUUUUUAGACCUCGUCACCUUGGUGGUGGAGUUGGAACGAUAUAUUUAGCCUAUUGCGUUUGGGGUAUUGCCAUUGGAGAAAGAGAAGACUCAAACGGAACAUCAAAUUGGAUUGCCAGGUUCCCCGGAAGAUGCGGCUGUGAGCUUGCUCAGAGUGCUGAUCCUGUGGGUCUUCACCUGAUCGUGACCAUGGGGAUAUGGCCGGGUGGUGUCCGGGCCUGCAUUGCAGGCCAGGAGAACUGCUCUCCCAACAAUGAAUCCAAGGACUACUGUUACUCAGCCCGAAUCCGCAGCACCGUGCUUCAGGGCCUACCCUUUGGAGGCGUCCCCACAGUCCUUGCGCUGGACUUUAUGUGCUUCCUGGUGCUUCUAUUUGUCUUCUCAAUAUUGCGGAAAGUGGCCUGGGAUUAUGGACGCUUGGCAUUGGUGACAGACGCUGACAGAUCGAAGAAGUGUUUCAGCGGAUUGGAGGAGCGGGAAUAUGUUGCCUCAGCUCUGCAUUCUGAAGCGCCAGACCGCUAUGAACGUCUCACUUCAGUCUCCAGCUCUGUCGACUUCGAUCAACGGGAUAACGGCUUCUGUUCCUGGUUAACUGCCAUCUUCAGAAUAAAGGACGAGGAGAUCCGGGAGAAGUGUGGUGAGGACGCCGUGCACUACCUUUCCUUCCAGCGCCACAUCAUCGGCCAGCUUGUGGUUGUUGGGGUUCUGUCUGUGGGCAUCGUCCUGCCGGUUAACUUUUCUGGAGACCUUUUGGAAAAUAAUCCAUACAGCUUUGGGCGGACCACUAUAGCAAACCUGAAGUCUGGGACUAACCUCUUGUGGCUCCACACUUCGUUUGCAUUCAUAUACCUGCUUCUGACUGUGUACAGCAUGAGACGACACACUUCCAAGAUGCAUUACAAGGAGGACGACCUGGUGAAACGUACUUUAUUUAUCAAUGGGAUCUCCAAAUAUGCCGAAGAGGUCCACAUAAAACAACACUUUGAACAAGCCUAUGAGAACUGCACUGUUCUGGAUGCUCGAAUCUGCUACAACGUAGCCAAACUCAUGUCCCUGAAUGCUGAGAGGAAGAAGACAGAGCGCAGUUUAAAGUUCUUCACUGAUCUCAUGGCCAAAGAGCACAUGCCCACCAUGAUCAACCCCAAACCCUGUGGACACCUCUGCUGCUGUGUCAUCAAAGGCUGUGAGCAGGAAGAGGCGGUGAGCUUCUAUACUAAGCGGGAGGCCAAACUGAAGGAGGACUACAGAAAGGAGAAAGAGAAGGUCAACACCAAACCUCUUGGCAUGGCGUUCGUCACUUUCCAGAAUGAGGCCAUGACCGCAAUAAUCCUAAAGGACUUCAAUGCCUGCCAAUGCCAUGGCUGCACUUGUCGCCAAGAGCCCAAGUCAUCCCAGUUCAGUGAAAGUCUCCACGUCUACAACUGGAGUGUGAGCUAUGCUCCUGACCCUCAGAACGUGCGCUGGGAGCACUUAUCAUUGGGGGGGAUUUCCUGGUGGAUUCGCUGCUUCAUCAUCAACUGCAUCCUUUUCCUCCUGCUCUUCUUUCUCACCACGCCCGCCAUCAUUAUCUCCACGAUGGACAAGUUUAACGUCACCAAGCCUGUGGAGUAUCUCAAUAACCCCAUCAUCACCCAGUUUUUCCCCACUUUGCUCCUGUGGGCUUUCUCUGCCCUGCUGCCGACCAUUGUCUACUACUCUGCUUUCUUCGAGAAACACUGGACGAGAUCAGGGGAGAACCGGACCACCAUGCACAAGUGCUACACCUUCCUCGUCUUCAUGGUCCUCUUGCUGCCUUCACUGGGUCUUAGCAGUUUGGAUGUCUUCUUCCGCUGGCUGUUUGAUAAGAAAUUCCUUGCUGACGCCACUGUCAGAUUUGAGUGUGUCUUCCUCCCUGACAACGGAGCCUUCUUCGUCAACUAUGUCAUCGCCUCAGCGUUUAUCGGUAACGCCAUGGACCUGCUGCGGAUUCCAGGCCUGCUCAUGUAUAUGAUCCGACUGUCCCUGGCCCGUUCCUCUGCAGAGAGGCGCAACGUAAAGAGGCAUCAAGCAUUUGAAUUCCAGUUUGGAGCGGCCUACGCCUGGAUGAUGUCCGUCUUCACUGUAGUUAUGACAUACAGCAUCACCUGUCCAAUCAUCGUCCCCUUUGGUCUGAUGUACAUGCUGCUGAAGCACCUGGUGGAUAGAUACAACAUGUAUUACGCUUACCUUCCCUCGAAACUGGACAAGAAAAUCCACUCCGGUGCUGUCAAUCAGGUGGUGGCAGCUCCCAUCCUCUGUCUCUUUUGGCUGCUAUUCUUUUCCACCAUGCGCACAGGCUUUGUGACCCCCACGUCCAUGUUCACUUUGGUGGUCCUAAUCAUCACCAUUGUGGUAUGCCUGUCGCACGUCUGCUUCGGCCACUUCAAGUACCUCAGCGCUCACAACUACAAGAUUGACACCAAGGAAACAGAUGUUGACGUGGUUGAAAAUGGCCGCCCACCACUCCGCACCUUCUCCGCUCCUUCUACUAAGUCUCAGCAGCAUUCCACUGAAGCUAAGCAGGGUCGGCCCUGGUCAGUCCCUGGAUGGGAGACCAGAUGCUGCUGGAAGAGGUGUUGGAGGGCCAGUAUGGGACACUCUUCACCUCUGGUCUUAAGAUUGAAUCAAACAACGUACAUUGCCCAGGUCUUACGGGACCCAAUCACGGAUGACGCUUGCACAGGUAGUGGGGAGGAAGAUCGGGGGUCCUCACAGGAUGAGGAGAUGAUCAACACUGGAAAUAGUCUCAAUGAAGCCGAUUUCCAGUCUGGUGAAGACAGCCUCAUAGCCAACGAGGUCCACCAGUAACACUACCAGCUGAGAAGGGGAAAGCGAGAAAGAUGGUGAGAGAGGGAUUUUGGAGAGGAUGAAUGCCAGACACAAACAAACCACCAACUUCACUUUGUAUUCUAAAACAAUCCGCAGUCAUUCCUCCCCCAUGCUCACCCACUCUGUCACUUUUUUUUGGUUGUGCCUCUGCACAUUGGCAUUACCAGAAAAUGCCACACACACAUGGUGUAAUUGUCUAAUUUGGAGCUUGUCUGUACGGAUUCUUCAAAGUCCCCUCUCAGUGUAAUUUGAUCACCCAUCUGCGCGAUAUGAAUCUGGGCGUUGACGCCCCUUGUUUUAUUUAUUUAUCUACUGGAGUCCUACACUUUUAUGGAGAUUCUAUGGAGCACAAGUCCAACACUGGUUUUCAUCAAACCCAAAAAGAUGUAGUCCCAGGUGAAAAAAAACAUACAAUAGCCUAGACUUUGUACUAAUCCCAAAAUAUACCAACCCAUUUUUGUCUCUCUUAUUGGUAAGAGGGGAGUCAAAAUCGUGCCUGGUUUUGAGUUUCUUUUCAUCCAUGUUUCCUUACUUGUGUGUCUAACUACUAAAUCCCCAUCAGGGUGGCUCAGGACUGGUGGAGAGGUCAGGAAAGUUAGGCUACAAGGUCUCCAAUGAAAUCCUGCUCCAAGCACAGGGGUUCAUUCAUUUUUAUGGGUCUACAGACUCGUACCCAAACUAAACUUGGUUCAUUCUUGUCAACGUGCAAAGCACCCAGCAUUAGGUCUUCUUUCUCAUAGUUUAUGAACAAAAUGACUUGCUUGUCCCUUAUUUCAUUGAUGUCUUCUAUUUGUCAUAAGAUAUUCAUAUGUCAUACGAUACUCUGCCACUGAAAAUCCUAGUCAGUGGUUGGAGACACCAUCUUAACAUGACGUAUAAAGAGAUGAUGCAGUCGCUCGAGUUUGUAUUUUUUUCUCUUUUUUUUUCUGUUUACUUCAUGUGUCUCACGUGACUGAAUGGGCAGUGCUGGAGGAUAUCAGGGCCAUGACAUCGGCCCUCUAUCGUGUCAUAAGACAUUCCAAAGACGGCUUUGAGCAUAGCAUGCCAAACAGCCAACCUGCCAGGCUCCGCUCAGUUGGAUUGUGGUAUUUCUGGUGUGAUUUGUUGUCAUGACAUUUGUCUACAGUGAUGCCUUGUCAAGUCACCUGGUCUCUCUGCUCCCCUCCAUCCUGUCCUUCUCAGUUUCCAAAGGGUCAGUCAUGGAUAGCUUGGUGACUCUUGCAGCCACUGACAUUGUGCAGUUUUUUUUAUUUGUAUUUUUGUUUUUUUAUUUUACCUCUACUACCUUAAACAUAUGAACAUCCA